AUGGCCAAUUACAAAAAAUCCGCAACCCCCCUACUAUUUAUGUUGGCAUCAUUUCUUUUCGCCUUUGAAAUAAGCGCGGAAAUUCAUAAUGUAACGGUUGGCGGAGGUGGGACGAUACUGGCGUUUAAUCCUCAAAAUAUUACUAUAAAAACAAACGACACGGUCGUAUGGUAUUUUUCCGGUGGGAAUCAUAAUGUCGUUCAAUCAGAUGGUCCUACCGGUUCGUGCUCACCAUCCGAAGACGGAUUUCGAUCACUCACAAGUCCACCAGAGGGUAAAUUUGAGCAAACAUUCAAUCAAACUAAAGGAAUCAUUUUUUACUUUUGUGCGGUGCAGUCCCAUUGCGCAUCUGGCAUGUGGGGAAUCAUAAGAAUCAACAACACCGAUAAUUCCAACGUACCAACUCCCUCAACCUCCAACACUGCAUCCGGCACUUCCGUCAAGUCUUUGGCCGUCGGUAAAUUUGGUUUUGUGGACUUCAGAACAGUUUUCAUCGGUGUUCUGGCAUCAAUAGUUUCCCUUGGAUUUCAUUCGACCUAA